GCGGUAUCGCGCGACACCACGGUGAAGUUCAGUCACCGAGCAUCCGAAAUUGCACUCGUCCGCGGUGACAUCUCCAGCUUCCACAAUCCCCGCCGAACGGAACUAUUGCAGCAAAAGCAGCACCAGCAUCGGCAAAAUCCAGCUACUGGCAGUUCCGGCAGCAUUCGUAACCAUCCGGACCACUACGCCCACUAGUCGGUCGGCGGUGCGCCGGAAGAAGCGUCGAAGACGAAAGAAAAGAGUGACCAUUAUGGGCCACUACCAGGUGGCGUUCAGCACUAUUACCACCAUUACUAGUACUUCUACUACUCACACCACCACCACCAACGUUAUCCUUUCUGACGGCACCGCCAAUCUCUAGAGUAAAACUGCGUGUCUGCGUGUCGUGAGCAAGCGCAAGCGCAAGUGUAUAUGUGUGUUCGAUAGUAAAAUCGCGCGUCGCGCGUCGCCGUCAAAACCAAACCGACACAUGUGUAUGAGUGUGUGUGUGCGUGCGUGUCUAUUGUGUAAUUUUUGUCAUCUGUUGAGUGUUUUCGUUCAAUUAGUAAUCGAAUGGUUUGCUGUUUACACAAAACGCAAAUUUUCACAAGCCGAUUCCCUGGGCCAAGAGGAGCACUAAAUUCAAGCGGAAAAUCGGAAUUUCGGAGUAAAACGGGUAUUUUAAACGUUGUUUGUCACAGCAACAAAACAAAUAAGGCAAAACUAACAACACAGCAAAACAACAGCCCACUUUAUGUUGGAUGGGGCAAAAGUAAACGCGCACCAGAAGCCGGCUGUUGAUUCUUGAUUUUUCUAAUAGCAUGUAAACAAUUUGUGUAUAGUAGCAGUAGUAGCAGUAAAUCUCGGAGGAAAGUUUGGGGAGAGAGUUGUAGGUGUAUGCUGAAUGUGUGCGUCUGACGAUUUGUAACACUAGUUAAAAGAAAACCUAAAACAAAUUCAAUGAAUAAAGUUGAGGUACACCUCGGUCAUAGAUCAGCCUAGCUUGAUUUCACGUGGGACCAGCCAAUUACACCACCGCCCUUAGAACCGUCAACGCGAUGACAGCCACUAGCGAACAAGUUUAAUAGGGAGAGAAGACAGACAGGUAGUUGCAUCAACAAUGGAUUACCCCUUGAUGUCGGCAGGUAACAUCUCCCAAGAGGACUUCCUGGCCAUCGUCGGCGGGAAUUCGUCACUGGCCGGAAUACUGGGCGGCUCGGCCACUAAUGUCUUCAAUGACACGUUGGGUGGAGUUCUGGCCACCGGUGAUAAUCGGACCAUUUUCCACGGCUAUCCAAGCGGAUACACACUGCCGCACAUCAUCAUCGCUUCAAUUAUUGUGACAAUACUAAUGAUAGUGAUUGUGGUCGGUAACCUGCUGGUGAUCAUAGCGAUUGCCACCGAGAAGGCGCUCAAAAACAUCCAGAAUUGGUUCAUUGCCUCGCUGGCGGUGGCGGAUUUUUUUCUCGGGCUGGUCAUCAUGCCCUUUUCGCUCGCCAACGAGCUGAUGGGCUACUGGAUUUUCGGGAACUGGUGGUGUGAUGUGCAUUCCGCGAUGGAUGUGUUGCUCUGUACGUCCUCGAUCAUGAACCUGUGCCUGAUCUCGCUGGAUCGGUACUGGAGCAUCACGAAGGCGAUCGAAUAUCUGAAAACAAGGACACCAGCGAGGGCGGCGUUCAUGAUAGCCGCGGUUUGGGUGAUGUCGGCGUUGGUAUGCAUUCCGCCGCUGCUCGGCUGGAAGGCGCCCCGCCCGGAGGAACACGUUCAGCUGCCACAGUGUCAGGUGAGUUUGGUUUCUCUCCAUCAGGAUGAAGUUAUUCCGUUUCCAGUCAAUAAAAGCAAAGCAACAUUUCUUGCCUAUUUAGCAUCAAUUUAG